GGUUGCCAUGACGCUGCAGCGCUUGCACUCGAACGGGAACUACCCGUCGGUGGCCUCUCUCGCGAGCGCCCAGCGCGCCGCGCUCGUCGCGCCGCUCGUCGCCCUCGGCGCUGUGGGCCUCUCGCUCGGCGCUGCGUGGGCGUGGCAGGCCAAGCAGCAGAUGCCGCUGCUCGACGAUCGCGCCGAGGAAGAGGGCGCGGAGGGGGAGGGGGCGUGCGUGGAUCUGCCGGCGGCCACCAAGCCGGCGGCGCGACGCCGCCACAAGCGGCAGAAGGGGCGCUCUGCCGACGCCAAGGCGGUUGCGGCGGCGCAGCGCGGCAAGGCCUCCUCCGCAGAGGAGGGGUCGGAGGCGGGGAGCGAGGGGGCGACCGGCAAGGCGUACGGCAAGGGGUCGGCGGACGGCGUCGAGCGUGCCGACUCCGACACCGCCUCGACGCACGAGCCGGCCGCCGAGGCUGCGGCGCUUGCCCCUCCGGGGGAUGCGGACGACGCCGCCGACGACGCUGCCGCCGACGACGCGGCAGCCGACGACAGCGCGGCCGAUGUCGAGGUUGCGCCGAUGCCGGCCAGUGAGCCGGAGCUGUGGACGACCAGCAUGCCCGCCUCACCCCCCGCCGCCUGGAGCGAGGAUGCCGCCAGCCCGGGUGGCUGGAACGUCGUUGAGCGGCGACGCGCGCGCACCCGGCGGCCUUCCCCGGAGCCCGACGCGGCGAGCGGCGCCGGGGAGGGCCCUGUCGCGGCGGCGGAAGCUGCUGCUGCGGGCGCAACGUCGGACGCCGGCCUGGCUGUGCUCUCCCCGGAGCCGCUGCCUGAGCCAGAGGCCGACGACGACGCCGGCGCUUCUGCUUCCGCGGCCGCUGCGGCGGUCGCGGCUGUCGGGGCGGCCUCCUCUCCCGACGGCGAGAAGAAGCGGCGGAGACGCAAGAAGAAGGCAAAGGGGGAGGAGCAGCAGCCCAAGGGGGACGGGGCCGACGGGGCGGGCUCGGAUGACCAGGCCGGCGCCCCCAGCGCGUGGAGUGUCAGCGUCUCGUCUGACGAGACGCUGCCCCCGCUGCCGUGGUCCAACGCCGCUGCCGCCGCCGCCGACGACGCCGCCUCAACAGAGGCGGCGGUGGCGGCGGCCACCGCCGAGGCGGAGCUGUCGGCAGAGGAGGCCAUCCCCCCCGUCGCAACGAUGGAGGUUGGCGCUUGGGGGGCCCGACCAAGGGGAAGCGGCCCCGGCAAAGACGGCGGCUGGGCCACCGUGACGCGGCGGCGGGGCGGCAAGCGGCGCGAGGAGCGGGCUUCCGGCCCCGUUGCGGGCGGCGCGUGAGGGCCGCGCCGCCAGCUCGCUCCACCCGCGCCCUGGCGUAGAGCAGACCAGCCGCGCCGGGGCUGGUGCGGGUUGGGGGGAGGACGCCUGACGGGGCCGUCCGGCGGCUCUUGUGUUUUGCGGCCGCCUUCACUGUGUCGGUGAGCUGGGGCUUGCCCGCCACUGCUGUGCUUAGAUGCACCGAGGGACAGAGGAGAGGAGGUGCGUGAUGGAGGGUGUUGUGAGGAGGGGAGGGGGGGAGUGUGGUGUGCGUGUCUGUCGCCGCUGUGAUGUGCAUGCGGGAUGCGAGAGAUGCGAGAUCGAGAGAGAUGAUGGCCUCCGCCGCCGUACGUGUCGCCGCGCCGCUCGGCUGUGCGCGCACUCGAGUGUUGGUGUUGGGUUGUCCCGGCAGUCUCACACCGCGAGUGACGCGCACUGUCUUAGUUCUGGUUCGCUUGCUUUUGUCUGUCAGUUGAGGUGUUGGCUGAAGUAAGUCGUCUGUGGGUCGUUUGCUUCAAUCGUUCUCGAAAUAAGUGUGGUCAA